GCUACUCUGACAUUUUUAGAGCUAGGUACAAAAUUUUUACUAGGUAUAUAGUUAAUGCCACUAAGCUUGCUAGGAGAAGUCAUGAUGUCACUCGCAACUUCAAGUGGUUCAAAAUUGGAGGAGAUAAAUGCAAAGAAAUUGAAGCUUUGCAAAGAAAUACAAGUAAAAAUUACUAAAUUCACUCCUCCCAAAGAAUGGCAACAUACUGCUAGUUUUUCCAGCAAUAGCAUUAAUGAUAAUGAGUCAAACCCUGAGAACAUUGAGAGAAUUGUGUUGCCUCACUCUGCAAGUGGCAAUGAAGUAGAUGCCUGCAAUAAUGUAAAUGGAGACAUUAAUGGUGAAUUUUCUGGCAAUGAAACUGGCAAAGGCAAAAGAACAAAGAAUAUACCCAUCAAGUCUGUGAAAAAUUCAAUUCCUACAAGUCCCAGGAAAACUUCUACCAAGAAUUCAAGGAACUCCUCUCACAGCCCUGCAGAGUCAGCUACUGCUAUGAACAAAAGGGGGAAAUCCCCAAAGAAAAAGGUUUCCAAGAAUCACAAUGUGACUGAUAUCCAAGCUCCUGAGAAGAGACAAGCUGACAAAAGUGAAGUGGGAGAUGACAUGCCACUUAUCUGUUCUAGCAUCUCCCCUGCAGUGAAGUCUGACAGUAAUUAUACUUCUGGUAAUCCUAAGAAAUCAACAAGAAAACGGAAACUUUCUGACAUCAAUGUAUUUGCUGCUGAGCAACCACAGAAUUCAGCUGUAGAAAAAUCUACUGAGAGUAAAAACCGGACUCUUUUCCCAAGGAAAAGAGUUAAUCGGUUGAAGCGAGAGAAUGUGGAAGCUUCUAUCAGUGCCAAAACCAGAAAUUAUGAAAGGUCUCCAACCAAGUCAAUCUUGGUGUCCCGAGACCAUGUGAAGUCUAAAGAGAAGACAUUGCCAUCAAAAUUUUCCAAAGCCUUCAAUGUUCAGGAUAAAAAAGAUGGAAAUCCAACCAAGAAAAAGGUGAAGUUUGAUUCUGCCAUGUCCUCUGAACUGCUGGAUUUCAGUGAAGAUCAUUCCAUUGAGGCUCUCACUGAAUUGGUCAGGCAAAAGAGAAUACGACCUCCGUAUGGACAACCUUAUUCUGUUACGGGAACCUGGUACAUUGCAUCUGGUUACCUGAAGGAUCUGGCUGCAUUGCUGGAGGAGUUUGACAAGCAGCCAGAUGCCCGUUUCAGCAGUUUUGCCGUGUGUUGGAGACAGAUGUUAUUCACUCAGAUAUUCAGGGGUCGACAGUCUUUCAAAGAACUUUUGGAAUUUUCUGAAGAAAUAGUGGUGCUCACCAAGAAAUUUCUUGAGAAUAUGCACUCGGAUCGCAGGAGGCUUGGGGCAUUCUACACCCUGUACAGUAUUUACUACAAGCAUCCUGUGAGGCACGAGUUCUUCCUGCGCUUCACUGUGAAGCAGUACAAGGACCUGGUGGACCUUGUGCUUCGUCAGCCCCACUACACCAAUCCUGACCCCGCCAGGAUCUUAAUAAAGCUCCAUGUUGACUGUGCCAUUCUGCAAACAGCCUCUGAAAACGAGCUGUGCAUAGGACUGCACACAGCGUACAACAGCAGCAGCGUGUGUGUUGAGUACGGCUACCUACGUCUGGCGCAGUCCUCUAACGUGCCGCUCGCCGUGCAAGACUUGAGCACAGACAUGAAGCUUGUCACUGAGUACCAUCGAGUCAAGACGGCUGCCUCCCAAGCAACUCAGGAUGGGGCAAACAACAGUGGGCCAGACCGAGCGCUGAGUAUAUUCAGCCCCAGCUGCUGCGAGGAGGUGAAGCAGGAGCUGCUGCAGCUGGAGGACUACACCUUGACGCUACUGAGCUUCAAGGGCCAGCACGCUGUACACGCGCGUCCCGAGCUCCACUCGGACCCCAUGCUUGCUUUAGGUGAAAAACGUUAUGCCAUUCAACAACGAGCCACAUCUAUUACUGCGGCAGAAAAAUAUGCUAGGAAGCAUGAGCAGACACAAGAGAACGAGGAAAGUGUGACAGACAAUCCAAGUGUAGCAGACAAUCCAUUGGAUGUGGUUCUUGCUCAGCAACGUGUUUGUGUUUCUUCCAAGCCUACUUUGUUUGUCCGGAAACUGGCAAUUGAAGACAGCACCGAGGAUGACGAAAAUUCGGUAUCGGAUUUGAGUAAAAUUCCUCCCUCAGCUUAUGGUUUCAAAGGACCCUGGCAGCCGUCACUUGGCCAGUCUGUGGUCAAAAGACGUCGCGGACGUAACCCGACUUACUUGAACACCAGGGACAGGUCCCUACCUCACAUGCCUAUUGCUGCAGCCGAAAUCUCCCUCAAUGCCAGGCAGAGGAAGGAUAGAAUUAAGUUGAAACAGGCUCUUAGGGGAAAAGUAGACCUUUCCCUUGAUGUAAAGGCGCUGCCAGCUCAAUUGGAAAAAUCUGCUAUGGGAACUCCAACAAUUUUAACGCAAGACGUUAAAGGGUUUCACUCAGUGGAUGAUGAUUCCUUUGAAGAAAAUGGCUGCUUCACUGCUUUAGAGCUCUGUGACCUUGGAGAAACUGUAGGACCUCAUGAUGAAAAUACCAGUGAUAACGAACAGGAAAACAACAGCACUGUUUCUUCCGAAAGGGGUCGUAAAAAUCCGUCGCUACUUGAAAUAACCCUGCAGAUGCUGGUGAAUGGUAAGCGCGUGACAAAUAAUAUAAAAGCCAAUAUGAGUAUUGAGAUGUUUGAGUUCAUCAAACGAGAUCCCGAACAAAUCAAAAGGCUUAUGGACAAGAUAUCACUGAUGACCCUACCCAGGUUGCGAGCUGUUCAUGGCCAGAAUGUUGAUGUUAGGGACAUGCAGAUCAUAAAAGCCCAGCGAUGUCAGCCUGAAUCAGUAAAACCUCAAGACUUCAUAACUGGCAAUCAACCUUUUGUGAAAAGCGGCAAAUGCAACAUCAGGAUGCGUAUGAGAAUGAUGGAGAGAUUCAAUCAGAAAACUCCAGUUGCUGCCAAGGUGGAGCAGAUCGAGGAAAUGACUCGAACGAAAGCACAGUUGGUUCCAAUUGUUGUGGGCAACGAGCUUCGGUACAUUCAAUGCGGGGCUGAUGAUCCUAACGAGUCUUUGCCAUCUACACCCAGAGCGUGGCAGACUAACAGUGUACUGAGGUCGCACAACUGCAACUGGAACAGGGCGAAGAGAAUUGGACCGGAUUUCAAAACUUUCAAGUAUGAACUGAAUGCAUCGAAUGAAAACCAGACUAAAGUUAAAGCUAUUACAGAGGAAUGGCCAAUCGUUGGUAAGACAGAAAUCAAGAGAAUCAUCAAGAAAGAAAAUGAUCCGCAGCCGUGCAGUCUAGUAAAAAGCUUAACUACUGGUUGCAGUUACGUCACUGUUGGCAAACCCAAACAGAUAAAUGAAGAGCCUGUUUCGCAUAAGAGAUCUACGGCAAGAAAUACUCCGAAACGUAAACCUGUUGCUUCUGAUGUAAAAUCUUCUGCUAUCAACCUAAAGAGAAAGAAUGAAUCUUGUAUUUCAAACAAGAAAAAAUCAGAUUCACCAAAGAAGAAAACCAACGAAAAAGCUUCAACAUCGGCAAAUAACAAGUCGAUUGUCAUGAAGAAUCUCUCUGAGCAGAGUAGAGCUAAGCCGGAUUUGAAGUCAAAAACUCGGACUAAGCAACCAAAAAAAUCUACAUCACGUAAUUCCAAAAAUCGGCAACCAAUUUCCAAGUUGUCAUCGCACAGAAAACAGACUGGAGUAGUUGUACCUGACUCCAAACCAGAGAUGAAGGCCAUCAAACCCGUUCACUCUUGGCACACACCUCAAAACCCUACAGAUUCAGUCAAUUUCAACGCAAGAAUUCCCUGGUCCAACAAGGUUGAGCCGCACACAGAAUCUGACACCAACUGUAAUGAAGAAACGAUGCAAUCAGGAAACUGGCCAGAUUCUUUGCUGCUGAGUCCGGAAACAGAGCGAUCUCUGGCUGCUAUGAGUAACGGAAGUGAAAAGACUGAGAUUGACGUGAAGGAAGGACUCACUGAGCUCGUUAAUCGGUCCAAUAAAAAUAGAAGUGCUCGGUCGAACGUAUUCGAGGAGUCAGUAAAUGAGUUAUCGAACGACUGGGAAAUGGAGUCAGCAUGUGAUACGUCUGCGCAGGGAGAUAACAAACCAGUCACGAACAGUGAGGAUAUAUUCCAUGAAGGAAACAUCACCAGGUUAGAAGAAGAGAAAUCUCCUACAGAUCCGCUUAGCCACGAAUCGAACGGUGUCGUAGACGACUACGACUCGCCUAUAGAUCCUGGUACCGAGAACGAAUGCAUUUCUGAUUACAUGCCUCAGAACGGUGACAAUGUAACCGACGCUCAACUCGUCGAUCAGUUGCAGCAAAAUGGCGUGAGUGUCAUGACGUUGCCUGAAAAUGUGAGCAACAUAAACUCUCCAUAUUUACAGCCAGCAAUGACCAGAGUUGUCCCACAAACCACACCUCAGUUUCAAUCUUCGUUUACCCUUCCCAAAAAUAACACUCAUUUGGCUGGUACUACUUGCCAACCUUCCAAUGUUUCACCCAUGCUUUCAUUUAACGAGCCUGCACUUAGCCAGUCGCAGCAAGGCUUCCCAUCUCCAUCAGGACCCUUACUGCUGCCCCCUGCACCUGUGCAACAGGCUUUCUUCGCUCCUCCUAACCAAUCGUACAUUCGAGCAAAUACGCAUGAUGGGGCUCAGGUGAUUUUGCCGUACAACACUUUCUUUUCCAUCGUAGAACCCGAUGGCUCUGAGACAAAUGCCACAGAACUUCACUUCAAUAACAGCGCAAACCCGAUAAUGAUUCGUUCUCAGCCUGUCAUCCAAUCCACGAUUCCUUUCAUAAGUGACCCUAGUGGAUUGUCCUACAUUAGCAGUGAGCCUUACGGCAAUUUUUGCUCACCAUCUCUACCUGCUUUGACUGCUCAUGGAUUUGUUUCCAGUUCAAUAAUUUCCGGGACUCAACCCUAUACGUUCGGCACUACAAUGAAUAAUACGUUUUCUGUUGCGCGGUCACCAAUCAAGAGCAGCGUCAUGACAUCACACUCCAUGCAGCCAAGAUGCAGUCUCAGUACCAGUGACUUGGAGCCAGCAGGUGCGUUACGAUCGAGCCCUCUUAAAAAUGUUAAGAGCAGACUAAGCAGUACCAUCUCUUCUGAUUCAGUUUCCUGUCUUGAAUCAUGUCCUAGUUCUGCGAGUGAGGCAACAAUUGUUUCACCAACAACAAUGGCCGACUACUCCAGGAUGCGUUGCAAUGAGGAAAGAACGGCUAAUAUUGCAAAACCUAUCAUAACCAAAACCUCAUCAUGUGGUGAAAGCCACAAAUCUCAGCCUCUGUUGCCUCCCACGCCUGUUAUCAGUAACGGAACAAGUUCACUCGAAGUCACCAAGUCUGCCGGGAAAAAGACAGUUUGCUCAUUCCUCCUCUCGAACAAAUUCAAGAAACUUGGCAGUGUCCUCGGCGUGGCUGCGAAGGGCAGCGCGUCAGGAAAGCCUCUGCCCUCAACAAAACCUCGCGUGAGUUUCUUCAGAAGAGGCUCCCUGAUGAAGUCACCACAGGUCAUCAGUGAUGCAAACCCGUGAUGUAAACUAUACACAUGAGUCGCGCAAAACUUACACCAUUAUUACGUAAAUGUGUUCUCAACUUUUACGUAGAGUUUUGGGCUUUUUCUAGUAAGUACUCUUAAUUUAAAUUAAAUUUGUGAACUAACGUGAUAGCAAAGGCUUGCGUGCAUCCGCGCUCAUGAUUUGUUUGCUUUUUUCCACAGAAGUCAUUUUCGUUCAGAAAUGUUCAUUAUUCUGGUCUAAAGUAGGUUUUUAUGAUUCGAGAAAUACAUCAAGCGAAGGAAGAUACGUUAAUUGCUUGAAGCUAAGUUUGCGUUCUACGUCUGAUAGAAAUAAGCAUAUUGCAACUUCAAUACUUUUGGUUGCCGUCAAAUGUACUCUGAAACGUACGCCUACGCAAUCGGAUUGCAUGAAAAUCCGACCUAUUAGUUUUCGACGCACGAGUCAGUAGAAAAAAAAACUCUCAAUAUUGGAAUGCUGUUUUGCAGACAAUACACAAAUACUUUUCUAUUUUUUAAAGCUUUUCUAUAUUAUUUAUUUUUAUUUGCUUUUA